AGGGCUCAAUAAUAUAUGCCACUUCUGAGCCAGGCAACUGCGCUUCCCUAUUGGCUCCGCAAGCCACGCGCUGAAACACAAAAGCACCCCAACUUGUGCAACACUCUUCAUACAAUACAUCAGCUGCUUGAUGGAAGCGAGCCGGCAACAGAUCCUGCUGGCCUAUCGCCAUCUAUACCAACAUCUACUUCGAGCCGUACAAUACGCAAAGCCCCAGCGCUAUGUAGCACGAGAUCGGCUCAGGAAUGCGUUCCGCUCCUCAGAGCGAGAGCAGUUCAAUGCCAAAGAAAUUGAGAGAACCUUGGAGUUUCUGAGAGGUGCAGCAGCAUCUCGGGGAAUGGAGCACCGCAUCGUCAAGAACCUCAUGUUUGUAUGGUGGACGAGAAGUCCAAUGGGAGAUAUGCCACCGAUGCGAAAUGAGGACGCCGCUGCAAGGCGAGCUGCUUUCACAGCGUUUGAUGAAACCAUCCGCAAGCUGAAUCAAACGAUGGGAAUGUGUAUUAGAUGAGAUGUGUCUUAGAAUACUCCGUACACUUCGCAACACGCGUUCGCGAAGGUGGUAAUCAAGCACGAUGCCAUUCACUGCAUGACCGGCUGGUUUUUCAAAAGCCCACCCCACGUAUGCGAGCCACG